UGCUCUUGUAUAUGUUAACGAGAUAGAAGAAGUCAAAGUUUCUUUCGUUAAAUUAUUUGCUUAUGCUUGUACCGCGAUAACACGAUGCAGACACGUGGAUCACACCAAUAAGAAAUUGACACGUUUUACGCCCCUGUGUUAUUCUCCCGGCGUUGCUUCCUCGCUAGUUUUCAUUCCGUCAUUUAUCGUCAAAAUAAUUACGAUGGAAUACGUGGUGCUCCGUUUAUCUCUUUUAAAUAUUAUGAUAUUUUUGCUUCACAUAAAUUAUAUCCAAGCUAAGGGAGCACACCAUGUAACCUGUGGUUCUUUGGUAAAGUUAAUGAAUAUAGAUUACAACUCGAGACUACAUUCCCAUGAUGUAAAGUAUGGAACUGGUAGUGGACAGCAAUCAGUAACAGGUAUUGAGGUCAAGGAUGAUAAUAAUUCCUACUGGCUUGUUAAAGCUGAAUCUGGAAAGACAUGCACACGAGGGGAACCAAUCCAAUGUAAUAAUAUUAUCAGAUUGGAACACAGUGCAACAAAAAAAAAUCUUCAUUCGCAUCUUAUUUCUUCACCUCUGAGUGGAAAACAAGAAGUAUCGGCAUAUGGAGAAAAAGGAGAAGGUGAUAGUGGCGACAAUUGGAUGGUGAUCUGUUCAAAUAAUUUCUGGGAGAGAGAUGAUGCAAUUAUGUUAAAACACAUUGAAACUAAUAUAUAUUUAUCUAUCAGUGGCAGAGUUUAUGGUUCUCCAAUUAGUGGACAAAUGGAGAUAGUGGGCGAGUAUUCUUCAAGUCCUCACACACAAUGGAAAGCAAUGGAGGGUAUGUUUAUUCAUCCCACUGACUUCAAAGCACAGCAUCAUCAUCAUACAGAAUUAUAAACUUCGUAGCAAAAACUGUAGACUUGAUUUAUAAAUGAAUGCGGCCAGUUCAUCUAUUAUAAAACUCGACUUUCAUGAAUAUUAUAUUAAAAUCAAUAUCUAAUUUGUUUAAUAUCGAUAUAAACUUGAUUAGACAUUAAUGAUUUAUAUUUAUUGAUUAUUAUCUGUUUAGUACAAAUUGAGUUUUUCUUAGCAAUUCCAAGUAAUGCAAUAAUUGUG